UGCUGCUAUGCUGAUUGCCUCUUCAAGAGGAAGUGUAAUGACAUGCUCUAUACCGAAGCCCUGUGUGACUUCAGUAUGUGCUGACUCAAGUCGCUUGUCAAGUCCAACCCUGGAGUUGUCAAACCUGGUAGCUUAUCAGUGGCGAUCAGCGAUGAGGGCAAUGCCCAUGUACCAGAGGCCAUUCAUGAAGGCCAAGCUCUACAUCCACUUCAUGGUGGAAUUCUCAGACUCACUGAUCCCAGACCAGUGCAAGGCCCUUGAGACCGUCCUCCUGCCCAAGCCUGUGUUGCAGCACACGAACAUGGAGCUAGACAAGUGCGAGGAGAAGAUGGCGUUCAACGUCGAGAUCGAGGAGACGAGGAGGUAACAGCAACAUCAGGCGCAGGAGGCCUACGGCGAAGAUGGGGCCAUGCCUGGCAGUAGGCCUCGGAUCAAUUAUUUUCCUAUCGUGCUUCUGUGCGAUGCUGUUCUCAAGUUUUCCAAGUUAGACGCCCUACGAUGGAACCUUUGGUGCUAGUAUAUCAUAUGGCUACUUUGCUAAACAAUGGCAGGUCGUCCAGAAAAUUUAUUUUGCGUUCUCCUAUGACUUUGGCACGUUUAUUACUUGUUGGCUGUUGGUGAGCCGACAUCACCUUUGACGUGUUCGAUUGUUGCAAAGAUUUCGGGCAACUCUAGCGCCUGCAGUCGCUCGUGUAACAGCGACACUGCCAUGUUGUCCCAUUAGAUAAUUUGUAAUGUGAGCUACAAUGUUUGGGCAAAAACCUGCCGAAAGGCAGAUGCACUUUGUACGUAUUAGAUAUUUAGAUCAGAAGCCUCGGCGUGUUGCUGGUGACGCCCGGACCUGGCAUCGAGUGGUUGCCUGAACAUGUACCUUGCUUGAUCCAAUUGUCAGUUA